GAGUUGGAGGACAGACCUUCCUCAGCGUCGGACAGCCAACACCAGGGUUCUGCUGCUCUGGGUCACAGACACCCGUCAAACCACCAUGUCCACAGAUAUCGCCGUGGUCCUGCUCCUUCUCCUGAUGGCUGGCUCCUGCUCGGCUGGAACAAACUUCCGCUUGUCCUCUGCCCAGAUGUUGGCCACUGAGGGCUUCCCAGUCACCCUGGAGUGCCGGUUUUCCCGCAAGAUUGAUGAUCGCUACCUGAUCUGGGGGUACGUGCCUCCCAGGACCAACAGCAUGCAGAAGCUGCUCUACUGGAGCCCAGGCUCUCAGGAGCCCAUCUUCCUCUCUGGUGGCCCCCAUCGUUACGUGGCCUCCAAGAACUUCAGGCGCUCCGUCAUGUCGCUGCGGAUCUCCAAUGCCACCGCGCGGGAUGCCACCCGGUACUUCUGCCAGGUCUCCAACCACCUGUGGGAUAUUAACGCCACUGACUGGUGCGGCUGCGGGGUCUCACUCGCUGUCAAGCCGGUUCGGGCUCCCAGGGUCCGUCUGCUGACCCCUUUUGAGGGGGAGAAGGUCUGGGCAACGAGGGCCACUCUCACCUGCGAGGCAGAGGGGUUUUACCCCGGAGAAAUCUCCUACCAAUGGAUGGUCAAUUGGAAGUCGCACUCGGUGACCCCGGAGCACGGAGAGCCCGCCAGGAAGAGCGACGGAACCUACAUCAGCAACAGCCGGAUACAUAUCCCCUUUCCGCAGUGGGAUCAGGUCAGGAAUGUGCACUGCAUCGUCACCCAUGUCUCCUCCACCUUGCCCCUGAUCCGGACGGUCAGCAGGAGUGAGGUUCUACCCCCACAGUCACCCAGCUCUUUCCUCCUCCCCCCACCGCGGACACCCCCCACGGAUGGACGCAGCGUCUCCCUCACCUGUGGGGCCACCGGAUUCUACCCCGGAACCAUCUCCCUCAGCUGGGAGGUGGAUGGCGAGCCGGUGGGGUCAGGGGUCUGGGACACGGGGCCAGUGUUGACCCCCAACGGGACCUACCUCACAAUCAGCACUCUGAACACACCUCGCUGGCUCUGGAGCUCGGGAGCCCGCUACACCUGUCAGAUCGCCCACCAGACCCAGGGGGAGCCCAUCAGGAAGCACAUCAGUCUCAGCGAUCUGGAUCCGGUUGAGAGUGUCAGCUGUCCCACUCCAAAUGUUCCCUCAACAACGCUCCCCCCCACGGAGACAUUCACAACACCGGUCGUUCUACCCCCACAGUCACCCAGCUCUUUCCUCCUCCCCCCACCGCGGACACCCCCCACGGACGGACGCAGCGUCUCCCUCACCUGUGGGGCCACCGGAUUCUACCCCGGAACCAUCUCUCUCAGCUGGGAGGUGGAUGGGGAGCCUGUAGGGUCAGGGGUCUGGGACACGGGGCCGGUGUUGACCCCCAAUGGGACCUACCUCACCAUCAGCAGACUGAACACGCCUCACUCGCUCUGGAGUUCGGGAGCCCGCUACACCUGUCAGAUCGCCCACCAGACCCAGGGGGAGCCCAUCAGGAAGCACAUCAGUCUCAGCGAUCUGGAUCCGGUCUGGACCGUCACCUGUCCUACCCCUCACAAUCCCUCAGCAACACCGCCCAUGGAGACGCUCACCACACCAGCUGAUAUCGAUCCCCUGACCAAGUUCCUGGGAGAGCUGGCCUGGUACUGGAUUGCAGCUGGUAUCGGUGGGCUGGUCCUCUACACUGGGAUCGUCCUGUGCAUUUCCCAUGGUGUGUGGACCUGUCGACAGAGGAAGAGGAGUUCGUUUUCCCAUCUCGGUUCCGGCACAGACUCCUGCUGGGCAAACUCGGAAAUCCCGAUGGAGAAGGUUGGAGCGGACGGCAGGAAAGG